AGGAAAGUGCAGCACAAUGUCAAACUGGUCUAUUUAUAAUCCCCUCUACUGACAUUUUCCUCCUGUCACUAGUUGCUCCCGAUCUUUCUCGUUAUUUAGUCAUGCAGCCCUAAAUCAAGACUUUGAAGGAUUUUCAAUGCAUGAAUCUUUCAUUAUCUUUUACAAUCUACUCUACGCUGUGUGGAGAGCAUUUCUGCCAGCUGGUGUUGCUAAUGUAGGGCAAGGGCCCUCUUGUCAAGAGGUCUUGAUGGAAAACUUAAGCCCGACACAACAAGCUGUCAAGCAGCUGAAGCAACGGUACCUGGAGGCCUUGCAGACUAACAAUGCCGAGGAGGUCCUCUCGAUCCUGCGCGUUAAGAAACUCCACAUUGACACUGUUUUGGAGGUGGACGACCCCAGCAUGGUCCUGGCCUCGUACAAACAAGGGUAUUGGCUGCCAGGCUACAAACUGGAGAAGUCCUGGGCAAUGGGUCUUCAUGUGUGCGUGAUGUACAACGCUGUAGAAACCGCACUGGCGCUCCUUCAGGAAGGUGCGGCCAUCAACCACAUGCCCAACGGGAAGACGCCGUUGCAUGUGGCCUGCGAGCUGUCCAACGCCGAUUGCGUGGGUCUGCUUUUAGCCCACGGGGCAAAGGUCAACAGCGUGUCCCUAAGCGGACACGCGCCGCUGCACUACUGUAUCACCAAAGAGUCGGUGGACUGCGCCAAGUUGCUCAUCCUCAAAGGUGCGAAGGUGAGCCUACACAGUCACAACAAUGAGGAGGACACACCAUUACACACUGCAGCCAGAUUUGGGAUUCCAGAACUGGUUGCACUCUAUUUGUCCCAUGGAACCCCUGUGGACUUAGUCAACUCUUUCCAUGAGACCGCCCUGAUGACUGCCGCAUUUUGGGCUUUUGACAAUAAAGUGCAAACCUACAGCCAAGAACACCAUCUCGUCUGUAGGAUGCUGUUGGACCACAAAGCAGAUGUCAAUCUUCAAGAGGAGGACAAUAAAACAGCUCUUCACAAGGCUUCCUGGAACUGCGAUCACAUCCUGAUGCAGAUGUUGCUGGAAGCCGGAGCGGAUACACGAGCCAUGGACAUCAACGGCUGUUCUCCCAUUCAGUAUCUUCUGAAAGUUACUGAUGUAAGACACACGGCCUUGCACGAAGACUGUUAUCAGCUGCUGCUGAACCACAAUGCGGCCAGGAUCUACCCACCCCAGUUUCACAAGGUGUUGCAGUCCUGCCAUGACCACCCUAAAGUUGUCGAGAUCAUGGUCAACUCAUAUGAACACUUAAAGCCUACAAGAAAGUGGAGAAGUGCCAUUCCAGAUGACUGCUACAAGCGACAUGAAGAGUUCUACGACUCCUUGUUCGUGGUUUGCUCGAACAGCCCUCGCAGCUUGCUGCACUUGGCCAGAUGUGCCAUCAGAGGCAGUAUGGAAGAAUCCUGUCAAAGAGGAGUAACCCAGCUCCCUUUACCGUCAAGCAUUAAGAACUAUUUAUUGCUGACGCCACAGGGGAUACUAUAUUGAUCACUGCGCAUAAACAGAUGACAAAGAAUUACACUUUGAACAAAUAUGACAUUUUUGUAUUACCCUUUUCUUCCCUUCAUUUUUUUUUUGUGGUUAAUGGUGAACAACAACUUUUGAAAUGCAAACACAUAUGAAAUGUAUUUUUACAGUACACACACACACACACACUUUAAAGUCACUUGGUUUUGCUAAAAAAUAUAUGAAGUUGCUCACUAUGAGACUGGAAUAAAGUGUUGUUGCAUGGCAGACUUGUGCCAAAAUCCUGGCCUGUUGGUUAUAAAAAUACGUUGCAAAUUGACUACAAAAAAUAAACUGCAGUACCAUGGCA